AUGGAAGGAGCCUACAGCUUCCUUCGCCGACUAUUCUUCCCCAUUAGCAUCAUCAUCCUUUUGUUUUUCACCGUCUUAAACCUCCCUUAUCCACCCUCUUCUCCGGCCGACCUCUCCUCCUCCUCCGACACCGGCGGCUGCACCACCAACUCGGCAUGGUGCUUCUCUUCCAAGAACCGUUUCCACUCCACCAAGAAGCAGCUCGUUCUCGAUCACCCGACGGAAUCCUCCAAACGGAGCCGCCACAUCAACGCCGUCCCCCGCCACCCACUAGACCCGCUCACCAUCUCGGAGUUCAAUAAGGUCAAAGCCAUCAUUCAAUCCCAUGAGCUCUUCCAGAACACACAGUACGCACUUCACACAGUGGCUCUUGAAGAGCCGGAAAAGCAAUCGGUUUUGAAGUGGAAAAAGGGAGACCCUUUACCGUCCAGAAAGGCUUCCGUCGUCGCACGCGCUAAAGGCGAUUCCCACGUGCUCACCGUGGACCUGGAUUCCGGCUCUGUCGCGGUGGUGGAAACGGGGCAUCAUUCGGGCUACCCGACUAUGACUGUUGAGGACAUGACGUCCGCCACCUGGGCUCCCCUGUCCAACGCCGAUUUUAACCGCACGAUUAUUGAUCGUGGAGUUGAUUUGGCUGACCUUGCCUGCUUGCCAAUUUCCUUAGGCUGGUUUGGCAAAACAGAGGAAAAGAGAAGGUUGAUUAAGGUGCAAUGCUAUUCUUCAAAAGACACAGCCAAUUUCUACAUGAGACCAAUUGAGGGUCUUACGGUUCUUCUCGAUUUGGAUACUAAAGAAGUGGUUGAGAUUGUUGAUAAGGGCAAGAACAUACCAAUCCCAAAGGCUGCCAACACAGACUACCGAUUCGCAGCCCAAAAUUCACACCAAAACUUACUAAACCCGAUAUCCAUCGAGCAACCCAAAGGCCCGAGUUUCACAGUGGAAGACGACCAUUUGGUGAAAUGGGCCAACUGGGAGUUUCACUUGAAGCCGGAUGCAAGAGCCGGGGUGAUCGUUUCACGGGUCAAAGUGAAGGACCCGUUGACCGGGUCGAUGAGGAAUGUGAUGUACAAAGGUUUCUCGUCGGAGCUGUUUGUGCCGUACAUGGACCCGACUGAUGCUUGGUACUUCAAGACGUAUAUGGAUGCCGGGGAAUACGGGUUCGGCCUCCAGGCAAUGCCGCUUGACCCGCUUAACGAUUGCCCUCGCAACGCUUACUAUAUGGACGGCGUGUUUCCGGCGGCUGACGGAACGCCGUACGUCAGGUCCAACAUGGUCUGCGUGUUUGAAAGCUACGCCGGUGAUAUUGGUUGGCGUCAUUCUGAGAGCCCAAUUACUGGUUUGCCGAUUAGGGAGGUUAGGCCGAAGGUGACGUUAAUGGUUAGAAUGGCGGCCUCGGUGGCAAAUUAUGAUUACAUUGUGGAUUGGGAGUUCCAAACAGAUGGACUGAUCCGAGUCAAGGUUGGUCUUAGUGGUAUACUGAUGGUGAAGGGGACUUCUUAUGUAAACUUGAACCAAGUGAAUGCACAGGAAAAUCUGUUUGGAACUCUCCUAUCUGAAAAUGUUAUCGGUGUGAUCCAUGAUCAUUACAUUACAUUCUAUCUUGACAUGGAUAUUGAUGGCUCCAAUAAUUCCUUUGUGAACGUGAACAUCCAGAGGGCGUAUAACUCGCCUGAUGUGUCACCGAGGAGGAGCUACUUGAAGGCCGUGAGAAAUGUAGCAAAGACAGAGAAAGAUGCUCAGAUUAAGCUUAAGCUCUAUGAUCCAUCAGAGUUUCAUGUUAUCAACCCGUCCAAGAGAACUAGGGUAGGGAACCCUGUCGGGUAUAAGGUGGUUCCUGCCGGCACAGCUGCUAGUUUGCUUGAUUUAGAUGAUCCUCCUCAAAGGAGAGGAGCAUUUACCAACAAUCAGAUUUGGGUUACUCCAUAUAAUCGGACCGAGCAAUGGGCUGGUGGUUUGUUUGUGUACCAAAGUAAGGGUGAAGAUACUCUUGCUACAUGGUCUGACAGAAACCGGCCUAUCGAGAACAAGGACAUAGUGUUGUGGUACACAUUAGGAUUCCAUCAUGUGCCUUGCCAAGAAGACUUUCCAAUCAUGCCGACUGUGUCCUCCAGCUUCGACCUAAAGCCAGUCAACUUUUUCGAGAGUAAUCCUAUUCUGAAUAUCCCACCAAAUGCCGAGAAGGAUCUGCCCAUUUGCAAUGCUGCUGCUUCCGCUUAA